AUUGUGAAAAAGGAAAAAGGAAAGAGUGAAUCUGUCUCAGCUUCUGGGUCAGACUCUUUGAUUUCAACCCUAUCCCCUCCUCCUUCUCCUUCUCCUUCUCCUUCGUUUAUCGCGACUUCUAGGGUUAGGGUUUGUUCAAUUCACGUGUCCUCCUGCAAUUCGAUAAGUAAUUUCAUCGCAGGUUAAGGUUUGGGAUAUUUGUUGAGUUUAGAAGAUACCAUAAUGGCUGGAGUACUAGCUGGGGAAUGUUCGUACAGUGAGAGUGGAGUUUCAUCUCACUCCAGGAACUCUCAUGAGAAGCAAGACGAGGGUUCCCGCUGGUACUUUGGAAGAAAGGAAAUUGAAGAAAAUUCACCCUCAAGGUUGGAUGGUAUUGACUUGAAGAAGGAAACUUACCUCCGUAAAUCCUACUGUACAUUUCUCCAGGACUUGGGCAUGAGAUUGAAAGUUCCCCAGGUUACAAUAGCUACAGCGAUAAUCUUCUGUCAUCGAUUCUUCUUUCGCCAAUCACAUGCAAAGAAUGACAGAAGGACAAUUGCAACCGUAUGUAUGUUCCUUGCUGGAAAGGUUGAGGAAACUCCACACCCCUUGAAAGAAGUUAUUUUUGUAUCCUAUGAGAUCAUAAACAAGAAGGAUCCUGGCGCUGCACAGAAAAUCAAGCAAAAGGAAGUAUAUGAGCAACAAAAAGAGCUUAUAUUAAAUGGAGAAAAAAUAGUACUCUCUACACUAGGCUUUGACUUCAAUGUUAAUCAUCCUUAUAAACCCCUUGUAGAAGCCAUAAAGAAAUUUAAGGUUGCCCAGAAUGCUCUUGCCCAAGUUGCAUGGAAUUUUGUUAACGAUGGUCUGCGGACAUCUCUCUGCCUGCAAUUUAAGCCUCAUCACAUUGCGGCUGGUGCAAUUUUUCUUGCGGCUAAGUUCCUUAAAGUGAAGUUACCAUCAGAUGGAGAGAAGGUUUGGUGGCAAGAGUUUGAUGUCACACCUCGACAAUUAGAGGAUGUUAGCAACCAAAUGCUUGAGCUUUAUGAGCAAAACCGUGUCCCUGCAUCUCAAGGAAGCGAAGUCGAAAGUAGUGUAGCUGGAGGGUCAGCUCAUCGGCCAGGCUCCAGAAAUGGAGCGUCAACCGAUGAUCAUGUUGGUUCUAGGCGAACGUCAGUACGUUCAACCCAUGAACAUUCAAAUUCUGAUAAUCAUGGGGGUUCCUCAAAAGGCGGCUUGAAUCAGAACAACGAUAAUAGGGGUGGGGAGGCAGCUAAUGCCAGUAUUGAUGACAAAGAGGAGAUCAAGAGAGAAACAAAAGAAAGCCCGCAUCAUGAAAAUCAUCCAGCUCAUGACUCUAGACCUUUAGUUGAGGGACCUGGGAAGGAGAAUUCAGAAAGAGAGAGUGGAGAGCUUCGAGAUGAUGGCGCUGUUCCUAAAUCUAGAAAGGUUGAAACAACAGGUGAUGCCCCAAUCAUCCAAUCGCCUAAAGACUUGAAAUUGCUUCGGGAUAAGGUGAAGGCAAAGCGAGAAAAGGCUAAGAAGUUGCUCGGUGAAAGAACGAGGGAAAAGGAUGUCAUGGAUGAGGAUGAUCUGAUUGAAAGAGAAUUGGAAGAUGUGGAACUAGCUGUCGAGGAUGAAAAGGCGAAGCAAAGGAAUUUAGAGAGCAGGCCAAAGGCAGAGAACUCUGAUCUCAUGGGUGCAGAACAUGGUGAGAUUCGAGAUGUUAAAGGAGCUAAAAAUGCAAAAGAAGGUGAAAUGGUAAACGAUGUGUCCCCAGUGCAUAGCAGAAAGAGAAAAAUGGGAAGUAGCCCUCCUGAAAAGCAGACAGAAGGCAAGAGUCGCCACAAUAGUGAGAACGGUGAAGAAGACCAUAAGAGGAGCAGAGGUAGUAGUCAUCAUGGUGGUAGAGAGCACAGAAGACACUCGCAAGAGAACAACCAUUCAUGAGAGGUAAUGAUUAUUAAAAACUGCUACUCUGAUAUCAUCUUAUGGCCUUUCUAAGACCUGUGGCACUUUGAUGCCCAACCAUGUGAACUUGACUUCUCUACAUGGGUCGGUUCAGUCGUUGGAACCGUGGUCGGUGUAUUUUAAUGUUUGAUUAUAUGUCUAUUUGUGGCAUUUUAUAAAAUCCAACGGCUUGAACGAGGACUCAUCAUCCUAAAAGGAUGUUGAGAAGCUAUUCAAGCUUCCUUCUAA